GCAACGGAACCUGUUCAAAAGAUGACGUUCAAAGUCGUUUCGAGCUUCCUCUGUGUCCUGUUUGUUGUGUCCGCCGCGCGUGGCCAAAGCGACGACUUCCGCGAUGAUCCGCUCGAGCAGUCAAGAGAUUGCUUCGAGAAAGUGCACUUCGACUUCAGCCGCAGAAUCACGGAUGGUGCCCAACGCGAACUCGGAUUGAUCAUGGGAGAUAUUUCUGAUGCCGAAGAGAAGCGAGUCAACCCGAAGGAGAAGGGAGCGGUUUUGAAACACUUCAGCUUGGUUCUCAAAAGAACUGAAUACGUCGCCAUGGAAAACAAGUCCUUCUCCCCGGAAGAUAAAGUGCAGAUUAAGGCCUUCAUCAAACACCUCAAAAACUGCAUCUACGGCUCCGCUUGAUCCUGGCGACUUGAUGGAUUCUGGAUUGGUGAAUUAUUUCCUUGAAGUUGAAGAAUGAUCCUCAGAGUGGAGUUUGUUUUGCGGGUCAGAAUAAACUGUACUUGGAGGCGAACCAACU